UCGAGCAGUGAGGUCCUGCAGUCGCGCGCGGAGACGGAACGAGUAGCGCACACGCCACGCGCUCGCACCGAACGGACAGUGAAUAGUUUAAGAGAAACAUUUUUUAUAAAAUAAUAAUAAGAAGAAUAUUAUAAAUGCGGUGUUAAAAGUAUUAUUGUCGUCUUGCGCUCACUCGGUUUUUGGAUUAUAUUUCCGGGGAGACUGUGGAGCUCGCGGACUGGAGUGAAGUGAACUGCGUUGUCGCUCGCGCGGGUGACGGAUCAGAUCGGAUCGGAUCGCGCGCGCCCGCCCGCCUGCACGGUUGUCCUAUAAAGAUUUUCCGGUGUGGACUAUGUUUAAAGCUCUGAUACAACCCUAAUCAGAUUAUGAAGAUUUCCCACUCCUGUGUCAAUGACAGGUAAGAUGGAAACACCGUUCUACCACGAUGAUACGCCGAGCGUUCCAAACUUUGGCCAACUUUCUGACUACGAUCGCUAUCCGAGCCACAAGAUGAUGAGUAAGAAGAACAUGGUGCACGGUUUCGCCGGAGCAGUGGGAGGCAUGCCAGGCCUGAAGCUGUUACAGAGCCAGGCGGGAAGCAGCAUCAACCCGAGCCUGGGCAUGAACGCCAACCAGAACGGCUCUCUGAUGUCGUCGUCCGACAUGAACCUUUUAAAAUUGUCCAAUCCCGAGCUGGAGCACUUGAUCAUCCAGUCUAACCAGGGGCUGGUCACAACAAGCCCGGCGCCUAACUCUUCCACUAACGCUUUUUACAGGCACCAGGCCACGAACGAGCAGGAAGGCUUCGCAGACGGCUUCGUCAAAGCUUUGGCGGAUCUGCACAAACAGAACCAGUUGGUCGGGGCUCCCAUUUCUCCGUCAUCUUCCAUUCAGGGGCCAUAUCAAAGGAACCUCAUGUCCAGCGCAGAGAUGCCGAUCUACACCAACCUGGGCAGUUAUAACCCCAACCAGCUUUCUGUGUCAUACUCAGGAGGUCAGAUCCCCUACACCUCGGCUCACGCUGCAGCCCACUCCAGCCAGGGUCAGGGUCAUCACCCUCAUCCUCGAGGUCUGGAUGCUCCUCAGACCGUUCCAGAGGUUCCUCAUCCCCCUGGAGGAGAUCCAAACGGUUCUCCGCCUUCCCUCUCACCGAUUGACCUCGAGACACAGGAGAGAAUCAAGGCAGAGAGGAAGAAGCUUCGAAAUCGCAUCGCGGCCUCCAAGUGCCGCAAGAGGAAACUGGAGCGCAUCUCUCGUCUGGAGGAGAAGGUGAAGGUGUUGAAGACGCAGAACUCUGACCUGGCGUCCACCGCCAGCAUGUUGCGCGAGCAGGUCGCGCAGCUCAAACAGAAAGUCAUGAACCACGUGACCAACGGCUGUCAGAUCGCGGUCGGAUCGGCCGGCAUGGCAAAGAGCGGCGAGAGCGCCAGCUGCUGAAGGUGUUUUCUAUUUCCUCCACUUUGAACCCUCGAUUUCCCUUCUGCUACUUCAUGUCGCUGUAACAGCGAACACCAGAUGAGGGCAUAAAGAGAACGGAAACCUCGUCCCAACCCGCCAGAGAGGGCGAGGGGGAAAAAAAAAACUCAUCAGAGUGAGUCAGAUCUCUCAGAUGCGAUCUCUGGCCACGAGGACACAUUCUCUCCUCGUAUACAGACUGCGAUUUAAAAAAAAAAGGGAAGGGAAGAUGCCUCGUCGAUUCCACUUACAAGCCGUUUCUCGUUUGACUGCACUUCGGACUCUGACUCAAUCGGGUUAGUAAGGACAGAGAGACCGGCUCACAGCAAUACUAAUCGAACCCGACGUCUGGGAAGAAGGAAGCAGAUGCAAACACAGACUCGCAGCUGGGAUUCCUUUGACUCAAAAAAAAAAAAAAAAAAAAAGUAAUCCUGAUCUGCUGAGGAUGAGCAGCUUGUGAUAAAGUGAUUUUACACUUCACUAGGAUGGGAGUAUGUCUUUUUCACAGUCGCAGGGUAACUUUUUUUUUUUGCCGUUUUUAAUUCAACAACAUGCACUAUUCUGCAAAUCGGACUUUUUCUUCUGUAUAAACAAGUGGCCCAACUGCGUGAGAGAAAAUUUUCUGUUGUGCCGUUCCUCCGUUCAUGAUCGAAGGUGUCUACACAUGUAUUUACAAGUACCCCAUUCAUAUUAAUAUUUUUUUUUAAAAAGUGUCAAAAAAAGUCCAAAGUGUUGUAGUUAAGUGGAGACCUCUUUGUUGCAGUCCAGUCUGAGUGAUAGACACUGAUGCCUUUUUGUACAAUCGUCAAUCGGUUUGUUUGAUAUCGUGCAAUUUGUGAACAAAGGAUACAGGAAAAGUUAUCGCUCUCUCUCUCUCUCUCUUUUUUUUUUUUUUUUAAAGCAAUUUUUUUUAAAUGAGUAUUAAUUCAUUGACUGUUUUGUUUUCAUGUGACGAACAACAACAAGUUUCGGCUCCCGUGAGGCACUUUUAACGGAAUCCGAUAAAAAAGAUUUAAAAAAAUUCCUGAACAUUCCGAGACCUUUUGCACUGUAUACAGUCGGUCGUGUUUUAACGCCUCGUGGCUGCUCCUUUUCAUUUAAACCGCUGAGGCUUUGAGAAGAAAAAGGUGACGUGUUUCCAUAUGAGGGCUUCGAGACAGAAAAGGGCUUUCGAUCAAUAGUAUUUUGCAGUUGUUGUUUUUUUAUGUGUGUGUGUGUGUGUGUGUGUGUGUGAAAAAAAUUCUAAAACGAUUUAUUUAUGCAAAAAACUUUAUCUAUGAUAUUUAUGUUGUUCGUGAAUGAGGAUUGUACAGGUUAGAACACAAAGUCUCAUUUUGACACUUUUGGUUUCGUUUGUUUUGUUUGUUUUUUUUUUUUUUUUUUUUUUUUUUCUGUUUUUUUUUCGGGAACUACAUAGUUGCACAUUAAAUCGAAACAGUAAACAAUGUCUAAUAUUUAUCCUUUGUGUACAGCGUAAUAUUUUGCUUUUUUUGUUUUUGUGGGAAAAAAAUGUUCAGAGUGUUGGUACGAUGUCAAAGAAUCCAGAACUAGUUUACUUUAUAUUAACUUUAAAAAGGAUAUUGUUUAUAGAUUAAUGAUCAAUCAUAACGCAAGUGGGAAAGGAUGUUUAAAAAUUGUAUUAUUGUUUUUUAAGGUUUUUUUUAAUUGCAAUUCGUCAAUCGUUACAACCAGGCAUGUACCGAUAACUUAUUGUAAUAGUGUAAAAAACAAAAAAUAAAUUAAAAAAACUUUAAAAGACAGCUUUUGUCAUACUAGCUCCACUAUUAAAUUUUUAAAGAUGAUUCGAAGCAUUUAUGAUAUUGUUGUGCGUAAGUAUUGGCACCACCUGAAAUUUGUGACGUUUAAUAAAUAAAUAAAUAUUGUAAAUUCCAGCCCCUGGGAUGCCGUCUAGAACUGAACAUUUCAAAGUGUCAUACCUGAUAAUAUUGUGUACAUCUCAUAAGUAUGCCUACUCCCCAUAAUUUUUGGGGUUUUUUUUGGCCAGGUUUGAUUGAUGCUCAUCACAUUGCUGGUGCACUGAAUGUCUGUCCGAAUGCCUUUCCUACUAAAAACAUUUUUCUUUUUUUAUUUAUAUAAACAGCUCUAUAAAAACAUACAUGUCUAUAUUCUUAUCGUUCUGAAUAAGGGUGUUUGAUUGAACAUUACCACAGCAUCAAAAGGGAAAUAUUUAUUUUUUGAAACUUGAAAACUUUUUUGUUUGUUAAUUUUUUUGUUGUUGUUUUUUUUGGAUGUCACAAACUUCUAUUUUUGUACAAAGCGAAAACGAUUAAUGUUUAAAUGAAGCGUGAGAACAGUAAUCGUGCAUACUGUACUUUGGUUCGUAGAACUUUCCUCAUUCCUGAAAUACUUUAUUUAUUGAGCUGGUAUUAAAUGUUUUUUUUUUUGACGCUUUGAGCAUUUCUGCCUCUUGUGAAGUGAGAUUUCAUGGAAAAACGUUUACGAGAACAAAAUCCUGAAGGUUUACGCUAACGAAGGACUUAAUUAUGAAUAGUUUUUUUUGGGCCGAGGAGGAAGAGGAGGCAACUUUACAAUCCGUGAUGUGCACUUCAGGACUUUACAGCUGUGUCGACUGUUGGUUUGAAACGUCUCAUGUGGCAUUUUCUUGCAUCAGAUCUGAUAUUUAUGGCUGUGUUUCCACUGGCCGGGAUGAAAUCGCAUAAAUAUGAGAAUCCCUUCGUUUUAUUUUCACACUAAACCUGUUAGCUUAAAAAGCUGUGAGAUCAUUCGAGAGGUCUUUGAGAUAAAUGUCCUGACGUCAGGGUGUGUCGGUAAUCAUGACGUUCAAUAUUAGUUCACGCACAAAACGAGCUCUCUCUGUCCGUCCCCCCUUCUAACCAAAGAUAUCAACCCUUUUGUAAGACAAUAUUAGCUUACUCUAAUGAAAAAAAACAAUUAUUUAAAAAUUUUAACUAUUAAAAAAAUAAUAAUCAAAUUUUUUUAUGUCCCCGCCCCCCAAAUCAACUCCUACUCUUUCCUUCUAUUUCUUUUCAGCCUCAUGGCCUGAUGGGAAAUGCAGUCUCGGUGCACUUAUAAGAGAUGACAUGACUAAGGGGCAACUUGCCUUGCUUUUGAUUCAUGGUUGUUGUUGUUGUUGUUUUUGUUUUGUUUUUUAUAUCAGUUCUGAAUAUUGUUCCUUGUUUUCAUGUUUUUUAAUCAAUAAAGAUGUAGGUUUCUGAAAACGCUUUGCUCGUCUCAGGUUUGAUUUCAACUAAAAAGUUGUGCAGCUCGGUGCAAAAGUUUGCCACCUUCAGGAAAAAAUCUAAUUGUGUUUUUUUUUUUUCUUGUUAAACUAUGACAUUUGGUCUGGAAAGAUAAAAAAGAAAAUUAAUUUAUGGAGAAAAAAGGUUUUAUGUACUUCUUUUCUCAAAUCUAAAAUUUGACAAGUUUCCUUUAAUUUUCUUUUGUUUCUGACCCUUUUUGUGUCUCAGAAUUCAUGUUUCUUUCUUGUUCAUUCCAACAACCAGUGCAUAUGUGACAAAUUGCAGUGAAUGUCUCGUUUGUUUCCAAUUCAAAAACAAAUUAAGGUGUGCUAACUUUUGCACCCCACCUGUACACCUGUUGAUGAUAAUGAGUUUCGUUUAUUGUUUUUGAUGUAUGAAAAUUACGGUCAUUACCCCUUUGUAUGAUGAAAAAAAAACACUUCACUGGAAGUUAGAAUUAGUCCUGACAGUGGGUUGGCGAUUAUUAUUUAUGGCUUUGAUCCGAGGAAUUGCUGACGUUGUGCAGUUUCG